AUGGAACUCCCUCCAAAGAGUGUGGUCCGUGUUUGGUCCGUGCUCUCAGUUACUCUGUACGUCACGUGUCGGUUUGGGGCCUCACUGGACUCGAAACCAGGCUGUCCGCCGUGCCGAUGUGAAGGCACUCUUUACUACUGUGACAAUGCAGGACUUGAUGCCUUUCCGCACCAUCUCAUUGCCAAUACUACUACAAUCUCGUUAACGGGCCUGUCCCUGCGCCACAACCACCUAUUGAGCGUGCCCGAGGGAGCUCUGUCUCGCCACACCGCACUGCAGUGGCUCCUUUUGGGCCACAGCCGGAUCCAGAGGCUGGGCGAGCGCUCCUUCCUUGGUCUGCGCAGGCUGAAGGAGCUGGAGCUGAGUGCCAAUCACCUCCGUCUGCUGCCCAAUUGGACGCUCAGGCCGCUGCAAAACCUCCGCCUCCUCGACCUCUCCUCCAAUCGGCUGUCGGCGCUGAGCGUGGGCCAGUUCCGCGGCCUGCGUAAGCUGGCGGCGCUGCGUUUGCGGGGGAACCGGCUGGCAUCGUUGCCCGUCCGCGUCUUCCGGGACCUGCGCAGGCUUCGGCACCUGGACCUCGGGGAGAACCAGCUGCAGACGCUGGCCCGGAACACCUUCGAGGGCCUGAUCAGGCUGACUGAGCUCAGGCUGGAUCAGAACCGGCUCAGUCGGAUCAACCUGGGCCUUUUCGCUCGCCUCACCUCGCUGCACACACUAGAUCUGAGUCAGAACCUGGCCGCGUGGCUGAGCAGAACACUACACUGGUACUGGCCCACUCUGGAGCACCUGGACCUGUCUCAGAACCAACUGGAGUGGCUGGAACCCAACGCGUUCCACGGGGUUCCGCACCUCAAGAGCCUCCUGCUGCAUUCCAACCGCUUGCAGGUUCUAGAACUCGGAAUCCUGAACAGCUGGGUCUCGGUGGAGAACCUCACGCUGUCUUGGAACCCAUGGGACUGUGGGCCAAGCGUGUGUGCCUUGGCAGCAUGGCUGGUGUACCACCGCGGCAGACAAUGGGACAAUGGGCCUCUUCUGUGCGCUCUGCCACACAAAGCAGCGGGCGAGAACAUUCUGGAUGCAGUGCACACAUUCCAAACCUGUCAGUCUCGUGUUUUCGACUUUCACACUGCCGAGACAAACACUAGCAGUGUGGCUCAAGUAAAUAACAGAAUUGAGAUGGACACCGCUGUGUUGACUGGCAUUGUAGCCACGACAACAACAGAGACCGAAUGGUAUUUUGUUACAGAGAUGACGGGAAAUGGUCUGAAUGAAAAGGAGAGCGGUUACAUUUAG